CCCGCCCCAUUGUCACGGCGGCGUUGCCCGGCGCCCGGGUGGCCUGGCGAAGGCCCUCGGCCUGCCGAGGGCGCGAGAAGCCUCGCUCCCGGGUGCCGCGAUCAGCUUCCUGCCUCUCGCCCCGACCAUGUGGAGGCUGGUUUCCGGAGGAGAGAAGGUCUGAGGGAGGGAGGAGGAACAGGCGGGCUGAUUUGCCCUAGGGAUGAAGGUGGCUCGGUGGCGGCCGGCGAGAGGCAGGUUUCGACGCCCCAAGUUCCGGCGCUACAGGUCCCCACGCGCCAGGUUCCCGCGCUCCAGGUUCCCGCGCUCCAGGUUCCCGCGCUCCAGGUUCCCGCGCUCCAGGUCCCCGUACAGGCGCUACGCCAAGGAGCGGGCCAAGGUCCCGCCCAAAACCCGAGCCAAAGCACGCCAUAAAGGCAAGAAUGGCCACCGUUCCACGCUUCUCUUCUACUGGAGGAAGCACAAGCGGGAAGCCGGGACGGGCCACUUGGAGAAUGGCGUGUCGGCGGCCCGCUCCGAGAAUACCAAGGCGGGGGCGGGGCUGUGUCCGGAGCCCGGGGCGGUCUCGAAGGCGGGGCUGGGGCUGCGGCUGGGGCUGCGGCUGGCGAGGAGGCUGAGGGAGGCUGCCCGCCUGCGCUCCUACAAGGCCUCCUAUCCCAGCAUUCCUUGGGUGAGCAAGAUGGCGGCGCCCGGCGAAGGUCGGCGUUUCUCGCCCGCCAGCCUCUUCUCCUUCCUGCCGGGCGGCGCGCGGACCCAGGAGUCCAAGGAGGCGGCGGCGACGGAGACGGCUGGGGCGGCCGGGGAACCCGCCGCGCAGAAGCGGCCCUGUCGGGCCUGCGUCGACUUCAAGACGUGGAUGAAGACGCAGCAGGCGCGGGAGACCUCGGAAAACAAGACCCAGGUCGCGUUGGAAAACAAGUUGCCAGCUGAUUGCCCCCUGGAUCGGGAAGAGCUGGGGCGAAACAGUUGGGCUUUCUUACACACAAUGGCUGCCUAUUAUCCCGACUGCCCUACCUUGGACCAGCAGGAAGAAAUGGCCCAGUUUGUACAUCUAUUUUCCAAGUUUUUCCCAUGUCAUGAGUGUGCUGAAGAUAUAAGGAGAAGGUUGAGCAGAAACCAGCCAGACACCAGCAGUCGGAGCAGGUUCACCCAGUGGCUCUGCCGCCUACACAACGAGGUGAAUUUGAAGCUAGGGAAGCCUGCGUUUGACUGUGCUCGUGUGGACGAGCGAUGGCGGGAUGGCUGGAAGGACGGCUCUUGUGAUUAGAGGGGUAGGCCCCAGGGGGAGGAAGGCAUAAACCAGAUUGUAGCAUCCUCCCUCAGGGCUUGCUCAGUGUGAGAUUAUUAAAGGGCAAUGCAGCCAGUGUUGCUGUCAGUGCCUUGGCUGACCAUGUCUGUGAGCUUCAUGGGCUGACAAGUUUCUGAGGAACCUCAUUCUCCAAGUUAUUUCUUCAUUUUUAGUUCAGGAAUGAAUCAGUCCUUUGUUUCCCCCUUUACUGAGUCUGGUCUUUUGCUACCAGAGAUCAGUGGCAGCCCAUAGCAAAGGUCUGGCUGGGGUUUGUGAUAACUUUUAAUCAGCACAGCCUCUUCCCUCAAAGCUCAGCCCUCUCCUGUUCUCAUCGACUGCCCAUCCCUGAUAGGGGCUGCUACAGAUAUCUAUGGCCUUUUUGCCCUUGUGUCUCCUGUCCAUGUCUGCAGCAAGGCCCUGGGGGGUCUGGGUUGGGGGGAGUGUGGCUAAUCAGGGUCCUCAUCAAAGUCCUCAGCUUCCAGCCCCUGUAAAUGAACGCCCUGGCUGAGCUCAUACACAGCCUUCCUCAAUUUUUGUGUAUCCACAACACAGGAUGAUCUUAGGAGGGGCCUGAAAUACAGCUCUGUUGCAGUUUGCUUUUUUGGAGAGAAGCCUCAGGUGGAAAUGUCUCCAUUCUAUGGGUUUUUUUUCCUUUAAACCAUUUCAUAUUCACGUCAUGAUUCUCCUAAUAAGGUUCUCAUUGCCAAAGAGAGUCUGGCUGUCAUGGAACUGAAUGAACAUGAUUUAUUUUCUGUAAUUUGAUUAAGGUCUUUGUGAUUUGUAUAGACUGGUGGGUGCCAGGCACAACCUAGAUGUGCCUCCCAGGGCAUUCUCUCACUCUGUGGCAGAGUCAAGAAUAAAACCAAAAGUUACUCUGAUUGAGGUGUCUGAAGCAGCUGUGUUAUAUGACAGCCUGGAUCAAGAGCUUUUUGCUGGGGGGACACAUAUAGAGUUCCUUCCUGGUCUGCAGACACAUAUCUAUGUGUGGGAGGAACUGAAGUUUUAGAUCAGUCUGGUGAGUGGGUCCUGAAUCAUAAGAGUUAACCUGAACAGUUCUUCCCCAGGAAUUGUCUGUUAUCUUAAGCAGAAAGUGAUUGCUGUCAUUGAUUACAAGAACUUUAGUCUUCCAUGAUUGUUUUAACCUCCCAGCUCUGAUAAAGCCAAUCUGGUAAGGUCCUGAGCUGUGGCUAAGGUUGGGGUGAGAGUAAGACUACUUCAGGCAGCAAGGGGUCAGUAGUCCCAGCCCCAGCUGCAUGCCUGAAAUCUGAGAAAUUAGGGUAGUAUCUCAAGUCCCUUAAUCUGCUGUCAUCUCUCUUGACUAAAUAAAUUAAAUGUUUUA